CGCGCGUGUCGCCUCUGACACUUCCGCCCCGCGCACCUAAUCCGCUCAUUUAACAAGCAAACGCCGCAUACGGAGCGGCGGCGGCUGCCUUGCGGCGGCGAGCCCCCGGGGCCGAUGCUCUGAUGAGCGGGGCCCCUCCGUUUCACCUUUUCCGAUCCGCCUCCGACCGGCAUGUGAGAUCGCGCCGCGCUGGUCAAAAUGAUUGUGCGUUCAAUUGUUUACAUUAACUGUAGUUGAUAACCUGGAGUUGGACGCUGGCAUGCUUAUUCGAACUGUUGGUGGGCAUAGGUGGAGUGCACGCGGUCGGGUAGCGGGGUGGACGUCUUCGCGCCUCGCCCGCGGCGGGCCCGCGCCAUGCGCCGGUAGCGAGGCGGCGCGGCCGAGCUGCGACCGACGACCCGUGCGCUCUCGGCUAUGUGCCCCCUAUGCGCUACAUUGUAAGUCUCGAUUUGUCGAUGACGCAUCCAAGGAGGACCCAUGUCUUGCUGGGGUGGUGUUAGCCUAAGAUGGUGUUGGCGCUGGUGGUCGGAGUGCUGUGCGUGUGGGGCCGCCUAAGCGACGCGAACCCUGAAGCGAAGCGGCUUUACGACGACCUCCUGUCCAACUACAAUCGACUCAUCCGGCCAGUCGGCAACAACUCAGAUCGGCUCACUGUCAAGAUGGGGCUAAGGCUCAGUCAGCUCAUCGAUGUUAAUCUUAAGAAUCAAAUCAUGACAACGAACGUGUGGGUAGAGCAGGAAUGGAAUGAUUACAAGCUGAAAUGGAACCCUGACGACUACGGUGGUGUGGACACGUUGCAUGUGCCUUCAGAACACAUAUGGCUGCCAGAUAUCGUGCUUUACAACAACGCUGAUGGCAACUACGAAGUGACGAUAAUGACGAAGGCGAUCCUCCACCACGACGGCAAAGUGGUCUGGAAGCCGCCCGCCAUCUACAAGUCCUUCUGCGAGAUCGACGUUGAGUAUUUCCCGUUCGACGAGCAAACCUGCUUCAUGAAGUUUGGUUCUUGGAGCUACGACGGGUACAUGGUCGAUCUGAGGCAUUUAAAACAGUCGCCCGACUCGGACCACAUUGGAAUGGGAAUAGAUUUGUCAGAAUAUUACAUCUCAGUUGAAUGGGACAUCAUGCGGGUCCCAGCAACGAGAAACGAAAAGUUUUACUCUUGCUGUGAAGAACCAUACCCGGAUAUUAUCUUUAAUAUCACGCUCAGACGAAAAACUCUGUUCUACACAGUCAAUCUUAUUAUUCCCUGCGUUGGAAUUUCCUUCUUAUCGGUCCUAGUAUUCUAUUUGCCUUCUGAUUCAGGAGAGAAGAUUUCACUUUGUAUUUCAAUCCUCCUAUCUCUCACUGUGUUCUUCUUGCUGUUAGCAGAAAUUAUACCACCCACGUCACUUACGGUUCCGUUGCUUGGAAAAUAUUUGUUGUUCACAAUGAUGCUAGUUACGCUAUCGGUAGUUGUCACUAUCGUCGUACUCAACAUAAAUUUUAGGUCGCCCGUAACCCACAAUAUGGCCCCAUGGGUGAGGAAAGUCUUUAUAGAUUUUUUACCCAAAAUAUUAUUCAUACAAAGGCCUGAAAAACCACCUGAUGACGACGAUGAUAACGAUAAACCCAGCGAGAUACUCACGGAUGUUUUUGGCCCAGACGAUAUGGAUGGGAAAUUCAAGGAGUGGGGUUGCGAGGAAUACGAUUUACCGGGGAUGCCCCCUUCACCACCACCUCCUCCAGGAGGGGACGAUGAGCUGUUCUCUCCACCUCCAGGAUCCCCAUGCCGUCUGGACCUUGACGAUGGUAGCCCUUCUUUAGAAAAGCCGUACGUCAGAGAAAUGGAAAAAACUAUCGAAGGUUCUAGGUUUAUAGCGCAACACGUCAAAAAUAAGGAUAAAUUUGAAAGCGUUGAAGAUGACUGGAAAUACGUAGCGAUGGUUUUAGACAGGAUCUUUCUAUUCCUGUUCACGAUAGCAUGCGUUCUCGGUACGGCGCUCAUCAUAUUUAGAGCACCAACGUUCUACGAUAAUACGAAACCUAUCGACAUUCUAUACUCCAAAAUAGCGAAGAAGAAGUUAGAGCUGCUCAAAAUGGGCUCAGAAGGAGACCCCGGUCUCUGAAAUUCGUCUUACGUCUUCGGCCACCCGCCGCCGAAGACGUUCUGGGAGCUCAUCGUUAUGUGGUGGCAUGGAUGAUCCAUGUAAAGCUUCCAGCCAGGAACUGCUAGGCGAGAACUUGUCGUGCUAAGUGCGGUGCGUAGCCCCCGAUUCGCUUGUGAACGUUUUCGCGUCGCGAGCGUUGCAAAAGCCGUCUUUUGUACAAAUCGUACUCUCACCCGGAGACUGUAUCCGUCGAUAAUUUCAAAUCGAAGAUACUAAAGGACUCGGCCGUUGUGUGUUGACGCUGGAUCUGCCAUAAAUAUUUUUUUAUAAUAGUAUCGGUGUAUUCAAGAUUUAUACUUACGAUUACGACUAUAUUGUUUUUACAUAUGUAUAUUUCGUUUUUCGAUUUUAAUAAGUUCAUAUUAUGAGCGCACAAAAAUGUACAGUUAACAUAUUUUAAGGUUUGUGUUUUUGUUUUCGUGAUGGAACGCAUUCAAUUUUUUGUAUAUCAAAAUAUUAAACUUGGAAAAGUUGUUUAAUGUAAGGUAUACUUCGAAUAAAUCGAGCUCAAAUAUGUAAUGUUUAAGUAAGUUUAGUGUUGUAAUAAAAUAAACAUUUUUAGUCUCAUAUAAAUUAAAUGUUUCGUGCAAACGUCCUCAAUGAGAGCCGGACAUAGUAGAUGUAAUAUUGUGGAAUAAAUAGUAUUGAAUAUAUAAUUAUCAUAUUUGAUAUCUGCGUACUCGCGUAGAAAAUAAAGACAAUAUCGAGAAAUUGACGAAAUCUGUUAAUUAUAGAUACCCUAUAACUUUAAUAUAAGGGAAUGUAGAUAAAUAAAACAGUAUCGCCUAGUCAUCGAUAUGAUUAAUUAAGUAUUGACACAUUAUCAUAUUGCCAAGGUAGGUAAUAGUUUCACGUCGCGACGGUGAUAUUAUUUAACAAGAUGAAUAUGUAAAAGACAAUUGACUGCCAAUUGUAAAUUAAUUUUUAUAUUAUGUAAAGAUCGAUAUUCUUAGAUAGUUCGGUAAAAUUGUUUUAUUAGAUUUUUUAUACGGUGUGCCAAGUUUUGUCAUUUAUAAUGAAGCAGUUAUCUUAAAGGACUCGAACUAAUUAGGGGCUAAUUUUCGUAACAGGACUUUUGUAUUUUGCUUUUGAUAUGCUCAGUUAGAGAUAAACUAAUGCUUGCUAAACAAAGGACUGAAGUAUCUCUUAUAAUUUACUUCCUGCCUGAUGCUGAUGCUAUUAUUGAAAUUCACUUUGUCUUCACUAUAGUUUAUAUUACAUUUAAAUCACGAAUAAAUCCUAGAGUACAGGGUAAAUUUAGUACACGGAUAUCUUCUGGUUUAUAUUUCUCACAAUUUUUCACCAAAAAUUAAUAUCUUUGUAACACUAAUCAGCACUUUGCCAACAUCUUUAGGUAAUAAUAUCGUUGAGGUUUGUGACUUGUUGUGUAAAUUACUUAGUGGCACGUUUAUUUAUAUAUUUAGACUAGUAGCCUUUUAGGAAUAUAAUUAAGUUCACGAUUUUUGUUCAUUCGUAACUUUCUUAGAUUAGUGUAUUGUUUUUUUUUUUUGGUAAUUUAACCUUUUACCUCCUUCGUACCCAUUUGUAGGGUAAUGUAGCAAACUUAAUAAUAUUAAUAAUAAUAAUAAAAAUUUCGAGCCGCGUAUUUGAUAUGUCAAAGUAAUUCAUGAUAAUGUGUAUUAGAUUAUUACUAAGAUAACUGAAUAAAUUAUUGAUGUUUAAUUAAAUUUCACAGCGAGCAGAUAGGAAAACAGGGAUGGAUAUUGUAAAAUUAUUCUGGGGAAAAAAAUAAUGUUUUGUGUGGUGGUGGGUUCGACUUCGUAAUUAUAAGUGUUGUUGAAUAUGAAUGGAUUUGGGGAAUGCAUUCACUGUACUAGUUUAGUGAAUUAUUGAAAAAUGUAGCUUAAUAUGAGGACUUAAGGAUGUAGAGAAAGAAGCUCGCUAAAAGGUUGAAAAAGAAUUAGCUUUGUCAGUUUCCGGAGACAAUACUGACCUUGAAAUGGUUGUCGAUGGAAUUUUCGCGAAGGAAUUGUAGGUGACGUAAUAUUUCUUAACAUACACACACACACUUUAUUUGAUAAAACGAUACAAAGUAGGAAAGUGCUAUUGCACGCAAAGAAACACACCAAUUUAGAAUUUAAUUAUGUACUAUUGGAUAAUGUUUGGUUACAUUCACAAGACUUCCGUCAUCAUCCGAACUCUGUUCUAGAUUCUAGACUUCCAGUGGUCAUUUCAUAUUUUGUUGGAACACCACAGAACUGCGAGGAUAUUUCAAGGAUAGGUUAAGUCGAUUUGUUGAGUGAACAAGUAUGACAAAGGAAGAUGUAAGAAACGUCACGAGCGUGUAUGUAAAGUAUUUGGGGAAUUUUGUGGAAAUGUGAAAUCUUUAAAUGCACUUUCUCUUAUUUAUCUUAAAUUAUCGUUUACGAAUUUCAUAACUAAAAGAAUUGUGACAAAUGUAGAAUAUAUAAAAAGUGUGCUAUUAUUAAAAUCUUUGAAACUGGAAGAGCUAUGUUGAUACAACGACCCAAGCAAGACUUGGUAACACGGUAAUUAAAAAUAAUAUUACGACUUUUUUUUACAAAUACUAUAUUAACACUUCAAGUUACUAUAGACGUA